GUUGCCUUAGAGACGGUAUUGGCGGGUACAGUGUCAACCGCCUCCCUUUUUUCUCUGUAAAUAAUUAAGUGAUGCAUACUUGAUUGCGUUCAAAGUAAGUGUUACAUAAUAACUUAUUCAAUUCUCUUAACUAAUAGUACUUUGUUAAGCAGCUUAAGUUUUGUACAACUAUAAUAAUGCUCGUUCCGUUCUUCGCCGCCCUCUCUUCCCUAUGCUUAAUGACUUCAACAAAAGCUCAAGUUACACCAUCGAAGACGGCUAAUUUUAAAGUUAGAUUACGAGAGGCGGAAAAUCUCGGUAGAGUGGAGGUAUUUUACGAUAAUCAAUGGGGAACGAUUUGCGAUGAUAAUUGGGAUAAUGCAGAAGCUUCUGUUAUUUGUAAAAUGCUGGGUUAUAGGGGUUAUUCAGUGGCAAUGUCUAGGGAUUUAGUACAAAGAAUAACACCCGCUACAGGUCCGAUUUGGUUAGAUAACGUAGAGUGCGAAGGAGAUGAAAGUACUAUUCUGAACUGUAGAUUUAUUGGAUGGGGUAAUUCUAAUUGCGAUCAUUCGCAAGAUGCGGGCGUUAUAUGCUUAGGAGUGAAGGAAACGACUCGGCCACCUUCAACCACGCCCGCACCAACUACUCCAAAGAGACCGCCAACGAUUGCUAAUUGUAUUGCCGAUAAUUCCGUUCGACUUGUUGGUGGUAGUAGUCUAGCAGAAGGACGAGUUGAGGUCUUACUAGGCCAAGGUUGGAGAUCGGUUUGCGACGAUAACUGGGGCAUUCAAGACGCCCAGGUUGUUUGUAAAAUGCUCUGCUAUGAACCAUCAUACGCGCGUGCCCAUAUGGGUGGGGAAUAUGGAAACGCUACAACGCCUAUAGACUUCGAUGACGUAAGUUGUGUUGGUGACGAACAACGACUUCAAGAUUGCAGGCGAAAAACAACUCCCCAUGAUUGUUCAUUAGUGGAGGCGGCAAGUGUUUCCUGUCUAAGAGAUACACCAACGCCGCCUCCUCCGCCAACACCUCGCAUAGAUUGUGACGAUGAGAAGAUUGCUGCAAUCUUCUCGAGAGCGGAGGAACCAAGAUUGGGUAUGGAUAAUUUAGGUGUAUCUUCAGCAAAUUCCAACAAUUGCGGUGUGAAUAAGAGAGAGGACAGUUCGAGUGUUUCAAUAUUAAUACCCUUUAUUGGAUGUGAUACUAAAUCGGAAACCAACGAUACUCAUAUUAUCUAUUCAAACCAAGUUAGAUAUUACGUGCCUCCCGAAUCCAGUGUUAUCACUCGUACAACCCAAUAUCUUAUAGAUGUUCAUUGCGUAAUUCCUAGGCGUAGUGACGCCGAUAAAGAUUUUCUACCACAAAAACAGACGGCUAAGCCGCAGUUUGGAGAUGGAAAGUUUAACGUUCAAAUGCUUCUAUACAUGAACAACGAUAUAAGUAAUCCGAUAACACAAUUUCCGGCUCGUUUAACACUCGGUGACUUUUUGUAUGUUGGAAUAAGAUUAGUUACGAUUGAUGGAACUCUCAAGAUUGUAGUUCCUGAAUGUAAGGCAACGCCUACAAAAGAUCCGAAUACAACUCCCUCUUACGAUUUUAUUAAAAACAAGUAUGAACAUGUCGUUUAUUAA